ACUAUUCGUUUUAAAUGUUUUUAAAAAAAUGUUAUUUGAUGUGUGAUCGUCCCUAUUUGCAUUAAUACAAAUUUUCUUUAGAAAACUAAUCUUUUUAAUCUAGUAAAAUAAAAAACUUAUAACUUUUUGAAAUAUUCUUCGCCAAGGCUCCACUAAAGAUCCCAAAAGUGUGCGACACAAGGUGGCUGUCAAUCGAAUUGGCAGUCUCACGAAUACUGCAGCAAUGGGAAGAGCUGAAACUCCAUUUUAACCUAGCAGAGAGCAAGGAAAAAUGCCAUAAAGCGGAACUCUUGCAUCAAAUGUUCAAUGACAAGAACUACGCAUAUUUACUUUUUUUAAAACCAAUAUUGUCGGAGAUGCAAAGAGUAAAUAAGUGCUUCCAGAGUGGCAACACAAAUGGCACGGAAUUAUUAAAUGAUAUGACGUUGGCUAUUCAUUCAUUGAAAAAGGGCAUAGUUCCACCUGAUAUAGAUGUGGAUUUGUUGGAAACGGAGGAUGUCGAAAGAUAUGUCCACGAUGAUCUAGCGCAAGGAUAUGAGUUUAAGAAACAUGUCAAGUUAAUGAAAUUGGAUCCAUUAUCCGAAAAAGAGAUUCGAGACUGCUGCUCUAAAUUUUUAGUUGAGCUUAUUAAGCAACUCAAGCAGAGAAAACUAUAAGAUAUUGAAGCAGAUUGAUAUUUUUUCUGUGAACAA